CAAUAGCUUUGUAGCUGUCGUCUGGAUACCUCUGACUCUGAGGCUAACCGGCCUCGAUCUGGGUCGCUCAAAAGCUCGAUGGAACGGUGCCAAUAGCCUGCGGCGCUGCCGGAAUCUUCUCGCCGGCGACACAGCCGGCCGCCCGCCGCCGCCUCACAGAAGUCUUCUCACACUGUCCCAAUCACACGGCUUCUGGCACCACGUGCUGCACCUACCCGUUGUCCGCUCCAGCCCACCCACUGAAGCCCCACAAACUAGCAUUUACUCUUCUCCCUCUUCCUAGGGUUAGCAAGCUUGAUCUCCUAGGCCUGCGCUGCGCGACUGCGCCUGCGGCCCCGCUGACCGCACCGGCGCCGAGAUGCUAGCCGCCGCUGCGCGACUGCGCCUGCGGCCCCGCUGACCGCACCGGCGCCGAGAUGCUAGCCGCCGCUGCGGCGGCGCGGCCGGUGCCCCUCCGCCGCCCAGGCGCUCUCCUCCGCGCUCCGGUGCCCUGCAGCCUGCCGGCCUCCCGCGUCGCGGCGCCAUUCCCCCGCCGCUCAGCUUCCCUGAAGAUUUCUCAACUCCAGUUAACAGCAACACGAUUUUCAAAAGAGAGUGACUCUGCUGAGGAUGAUGAGCUCCUUUCUGAACUAAGGGAAAAGUGGGAUGCCAUGGGGAACAAGUCCUCUCUUCUCUUGUAUGGUGGUGGAGCAAUCCUCGCUCUCUGGAUAUCCUUGGUUGUGGUCAGAGCUCUGGACUCUGUCCCAUUGCUCCCAGGCUUACUGGAGCUAGUCGGGCUCGGCUACUCGGGAUGGUUUGUGUACCGGUACCUGCUCUUUCAGGAAAAUCGGAAAGAAUUGGCCAAUAACUUGGAUGCUCUAAGGAAAAGGAUUACUGGUGAUGAUGAAUAGCUGUAUCCUGGUUUGAGAUUCUAUUUCUCUGGUGAAACCUUGUAAACUUCUAUUAUUAAUGCCAGUCGAUUUAGGAAUAUUCCAGAAAUAUUCAGAGCUAUUGAGGUAUGGCCUUCCACGCCUUCUGUGCAAUCUGCGUUUCAGCAUGGUGUUCGUUGAAUCUUUUGAUUCCUGAAGAUGCAUCUCUACAUUUCUAGCCGCCCUGAAAUUCUUGUGAUUCCCCAAUUAUACCACCGUGGUUCUCUGUGCUGCCCACAUCAGAAGUUAGCCGUCAGAACGUACAAUUGUAAGAUGUAAAAAUUAUUUGGAAUAAAACCACUUGGUCAAUCAUGCCACACCUUAUAUUGCUA